AUGUUCACGCGCACCGCAUCCGUCGUCCGCCCGCUGUUGGUCGCCAAGCGCGCCAACGUCAACGCACGCGGACUCCACGUCACGCGGCCGGCGGCGGCGGCUCGCCGCGUCGACAGCCUCGAGGACGACGUCGACGUUUUGCUCGCUCGAUUCGACGACAUGGCGAUCGAGGCGGACGAAGAGGACGAUGCGGAGGAAACGGGCGGGCUGUACACCCCGGACGAGGACGAGAUGACGAUCGAAGAGCAGUACGUCGCGGACGAGGGCGAGGUGGUGAUAAAGGUGAAGGCGGACGCGGACCCGGCGGAUGUCGAUAAUUUUGGAAUGAGCGAGACCACGGUGCAGGCGUUGAGAAAGCGAGGAGUAGACGCGUUGUUUCCUAUUCAGCAAGCGGUGUUACGGCCGGCGAUGGAUGGGCAAGACGUGGUCGGAAGGGCGCGGACGGGAACGGGUAAGACGUUGGCGUUUUCGCUUCCGGUAAUUGAAAAAUUGCUGUCAAACGGUCGCGGGAGCGGUGGACGAGGGUAUAGAAACCCGAAAUGCAUCGUUUUGGCGCCGACAAGAGAGUUGGCGAAGCAGGUGGAGAACGAAAUCUUCAUCACCGCGCCGACACUGGACACCGCGUGCGUGUACGGCGGCACGCCCAUCGGGCAGCAAGAAUCCAAGCUUCGCCGAGGGGUGGACAUCGUCGUCGGGACCCCGGGUCGGAUCAUGGACCUCAUGAACAGACGCGCAUUAGAUCUCUCCGAGAUCGAAUUCGUCGUUCUCGACGAGGCGGAUCAGAUGUUGAACGUUGGGUUCGAGGAGGACGUGGAGGCCAUUCUGCAUGACUGCCCGGCUGGCCGACAGACAUUUCUAUUUUCCGCGACCAUGCCACAAUGGGUGAAGCAAAUCACGAAGAAAUUCUUGAAAGCGCAGCACGUGGUGGUGGAUUUGGUGGGGGAUAACAAGCAAAAGGUUGCGGACACGAUUGACUUGAUGACCUGCGCCGUGUCGCAGACGAGCCGCACGUCCAUUGUCAUGGACCUCGUCACCGUGUACGCCAAGGAUAAAAAGUGUAUUUGCUUCACGCAAACGAAGCGCGCCGCCGAUGAACUAACUGCCGCUCUCGGCAAGCGAGUUUCGUGCGAAGUGCUGCAUGGUGACAUCGCGCAGGCCCAGCGCGAGCGCACUCUUCAACGUUUCCGAGACAACCGGUUCACUGUGCUCAUCGCCACCGACGUUGCCGCACGUGGAUUGGACAUCUCCGACGUCGAUUUGGUCAUUCACUACGAGCUGCCGAACGACGUGGAAUCAUUCGUGCAUCGUUGCGGUCGAACCGGGCGCGCAGGCCAGCAAGGCGCCGCGAUUGCCAUGUACACAGAUCGCGAGUCUUACAUGAUUCGCCGUAUUCAGAAGGAGACGGGAUGCGACUUCCGUGCCAUCGAUAUCCCGUCCUCAACGGAAGUCAUGGAUGCAUGUGCCGUGACUGCGUCCAACGCGCUCUCCAAAGUCGACUCCGAGCUGCUGCCGUUCUUCGCUCCCACCGCGAAGAAGCUCUUGCCAGAAGACGCCGGAGAAGACAUCACGCAGAUCCUCGCCGCGGCACUCGCAGCAAUCAGUGGACAAACUGAAGCUCCUCCCCCGCGUUCUCUUCUCACUGGCGCGCCCAAUUCGUGUACCUACAUGGUUGUCGAUUCAGCGGACAGUGAGCCGGCGAUUCGAGCCGGUGAUUUGCUUCGUGCCCUCACAGAAAUUGACCGCAAACUCGCGGACGGAUGUGGUAAGAUUCGCUUCUUGGCAAACAAGAACGGCCUUUGCUUCGAUAUUGACGCCGCUUACAUGUCCGAUUUGGAAACCGUCACCGAUUUGAACGGUUUUGACUUAUCUGUGUGCACCAAACUUCCGGAUCUCAUGGCGGCGGCCGAUUUGGCGGCCGAGGCCGAGGGGGCCGAGGCGGACGAAGCUUUGGCGGUCGAGGUGGUGGCCGCGGUCGAGGCGGUGGUUUUCGCGACGAUUAUGGUGAACGCCGCGGUGGUCGAGGCGGCGGUCGCGAUUUCGGCGACCGUCGAGGCGGUGGCGGUCGAGGCGAUUUCGGCGACGGAGGCGGUCGAUCCGAUCGUCCGCGCCGCGACUUUGGCGACCGUCCGCCUCGUCGAGACUUCAACGACCGCCCACCCCGUCGCGAUUACGGUGGUGAUGGAUACGGUUCCCGAGAGCGCUCCCCUGCCCCUCGCGGCGGCGAUAGCGGCGGAUGGGGCGGGUGGUGAUCACUCUGUGUACGUCUACAAAACAAACCAUAAUUCAUUUUUCCGUUAG